AUGAUGAAGGAAUUGGAAUGCGAACGCUGCGAGAUGCCAUCUCUCUCAUUAAGUGUACUGGAGGAGAAGGAAGAAAGGUUCGGAGAUACGACCUCAAAGGAUUAUCCGAAGUGUGACGAAGCGGAGGCAGAGAAGCGAUGGUCACCUCGGCCGUCUCCAUGCGACGGAGCUCAGUCACUCCGUCAUCUCAUCACAAAUCCCCUUGUUCUCCUCGACCAAACAUCAGUACACAAGGCACGGCAACACAGCUAUUACGAUACAUCUUUCUACUCGACCACCACCUACCUCCUUGGAUUGUUUGCCAUGCCACUACCAGAUGAACGACCCCGCGGAUCUGUCGCGAACCUGAUCGGCAAAUUCGAGCAGCAAAGUAAACGCGCUUCCGAUGCGGCAGGCCAGGCAGUCGAACGUGCCCUUCCAGGGUCACUGAGGAAUUCACUCGCGGGGAGAGUGAGCUUGGGCGGGAACGGGAUUGGGGUUAGGGAUGCGAAGCAGGGAGACGGGGACAAGGGGAAGGAAGAUGGGACGAAGAGUGGGCUGUUGGGCCUUCUUGAGAAGAAAGAGGAGGUGAAGGAGGAAAAGAAGGAGGAAGAGACCAAACCCGUGGAAGAAGUUUCAACAGUGGAGCCAGAACCUGCACCAGAGCCUGCAAAACCGGUUGAAUCUUCUCCUGUUGAACCUCUUGCACCUCCCGCGCCGACGCAUAUACCACCCGAACCAGCUGUUCCUUCGCCUAUUGCAUCCUCUCAUAAGACCGAUGUGCACAAAGUAUCCAAGAUCCCACCAGUCCCGCAUCUACCCAAGUCUACUUCAAGGUCCGCUGUGGGUUCUACUCGCACACCCGCCUCAACGCGCGCCAAGACGCCCACCUUCACACGAGCUAAGACGCCUACCUCGAAGCAUCCUCCUUCGUCCGCAGCGUCUGCCUCUGCUAUCCGGGUGAAGGCUUCGACCCUCACGUCCAGCACUUCCGGAUCAGCAAGUAAGCAGUCUCCCGCUGCGCGACCGGCUUCACGUGCACGGACUGCUGCUACUCCUUCACCCGUUGCCGCGCACUCGCGCACGCAUAGCACCACUAUCCCAGUGACUAGUCCACGCUCUUUGGCCCUCUCCGCACCUACCGCAAGCUCGCUCGCAAAAGCCCGCUCCCCUCCGACUAGGAGCCCAACGGUAAACACGGCCGCAAGCCCCCCAAGAGCAACUACGACGACAACGCGGAGAAUGUCGAUGAGUGACAAGGAUACGCCUUCCAAGCCUGCGGGUUCUGGGACUACUGCUCCUAAGCGUGGAACACCGACCGCCGUAAGGGGCACGACAGCCACCCGGGGCACCAAGCCUGGCACACGAGGAGCAGCUGCGAGUGCUGCAGGUGCCAAACGCGCUCUGGCAGCAUCGACGAGCGCUCUGCCUGACUCGGGCGCGUCACCUCUCUGUCAAGUACCUGGGGUGCAUCCCCCGCAGGACCAUCCGGGUGGGGACGAGCCCACCAGUGAGGCUGUAGCUCAGCGCGAGCUGGAGCUUAUCAAUGCGCAUGUACCACCUUUGCGACUUGGUACGAAUGGGAGUGGCGAGCAAGAGGAUGUGCACGACAAGGGUGCGACAGACCUCGCAGAAGUUACCUCGGCGAAUGAGUCUUCCGCUGACCAUGAGGAGACCAAAGAGGAGAUCGAGAGAUCUGAGGAUAGGAAUCACCCGGAGUUCCGCAUAGAAGAGGAAGUGGACAAAGAAGAGGUUAUCGGGGAGCCGGAGGAGGCACCGCCCAAGGAGGUCCUGGACUUUGUCCAGCUGGAAGGGAUCACUUCUGUCGAUGCAGAGGGUAUUGCCGUACCAGAUGUCGAUGCGCAGGCCAGGGCUCAUGCGCUGCAUGAUGGCGAGGAGGGUGUGGGUGCCAUUCCGGACGAAGAUGAUGACUGAGUAGAUGGUUUCCAACGUUAUGGCGAGGUUUUCGAAACUAAAGAUGGGCAUGUACAGUAUUUAUUCUGAUUCCCUUCUCAUCUCUUCUUGGAAUAAUGUUCCGCUCGAGCUCUUAUUGUCAGUGUAAGUAUAGGAUAGUUUUCAUUGUCAGUACACCAGCCGUUAGCUGCAAAUCUCAAUAAAC